GUCAUGGCUGGAUCAUCCGGAUGGUGUGAAACGCAUGCGCCUCGCUCCACCGUCGCCGUUCUCUCAAUGGUGGUUGCAGACUCUCGACGCGCAUGCGCGUCACCGAAAUGUGACGUAGGUGUCUCCUCCUCGUUCGUUUACUGGGCCACAUCUGAACAAAGGCCUGCCCCCUUUUUUCAUGAGGAUUUCUCUACCGCCAUCGUUACUUUACGUGUAAUCACGAUUACUAAAUUGGAUUACGAUACUUUUAUUCCAUUUCAAGACGUCGAAAACAGUCGGGAUAAUGUCCGAAAUGGAUGCCGAUCCCCAUGACAACAGCGGCGAGACCAAAUCGGCCAUGCAUACUUGGCGUUAUCGCCACCAUUUCACGUACAAGGCAGAUCAAGGGAAGAAUAUCAUCGUCCAGUGUAAUCUAUGUCUGCCGAGGGUUAAUCUGCUGUCCACGUCGAAAACCUCCACGUCAAACCUAAAGAAGCAUUUAGACAGGACCCACUUGGGCUGUGAAGCCAGGCCGGAUGUCAAACGGGGGAGGAAGAAAGAAGAGCACAACGGCGAGGAGAGCAGGCACUGCCAGCUCAAAAAGCUCAAAGCGGAAAUCAUCUCCAAAUGCAUGACCCAGGCCAAGAUCGACGAGCUGAUUUUCAACUUCAUCGUGGAAGAUUGCCAGUCGUUUUACGUGCUGGAGCAGCCCGGCUUCAGGAAGCUGAUUUCGGGGCUAACUGAGGGGCUGAAGUCCAUGGAGCGGGUGACCUUGUUCACAAAGGUGGACCAGGGUUUCUCCAAGAUGCGCGAGGAGCUCAUGGCGAAACUCGGCGGCGUCCAGUACGUGUGCACCACGGCCGACAUCUGGACGGCCAACGGCAGGAGCUUCUUCGGCAUGACCUGCCACUGGAUCGACCGGCACUCUCUGGAGAGGAAGUCCGCCGCCCUGGGGUUCGCGCGGCUGCAGGGCCGGAUCACGCACGACACCAUCGCCGGGCGGAUACACGACAUCCACGUGGCGUACAACAUCGAGAGCAAAGUGCAGACCACGGUCACCGACAACGGCAGCCCCUUCGUCAGCGCCUUCAAGGAGUUCGCCGUGGACGGCCCGGAGAGCGACGACGACAUCGGCUUCUACGAGAACGUGGGCGCCGUCCUGGAGGGCGAGUCGGAGCAGGACAUGCUGCUCUUCCUGCCCACCGUGCAGCGCUGCGCCUCGCACACCCUGGAGCUGAUCGUCACCGAGGACUUCUGGCAGGCGGUGUCGCAGGGGCCCAUGUGCCAGUUGCACUACAGCACCAUGGCCAAGGUGUACUCGCUGUGGAGCAAGUGCCACCACCUCCAGGUGGGCAUGGAGGCGGCGGAGGAGAUCGGCAAGAUGGCCCUGGUCGUGCCCGCCGUCAUCCGCUGGAAUUUGGAGUACUGCGCCGUGCAGAAGAUCGUCUCCCUCACCGAGCGGGAGCUGACGGAGCUGUGCGCCCGCCUGGAGGUCCUGCGCCUGCAGCCGGAGGAGAUGGCCUUCCUCAAAGAGUACGUCGCCGUGUUCCACCCGCUCGCCUUUGCGCUCGAGCUCUUCCAGGCGGAGCAGAAGUGCUACCUGGGCUUGGUCAUCCCGACCGUGCUCAGCCUGAAGAACAAGCUCAACGAGCAGAAGGACUCGGCCAACUACUUCGGCGAGGUGAUCGGCGCCGUCGUGGUGGCCAUCGACGCGAGGUUCCAGGAGCUGUUCGCCAGCACGGAGGCCAAAAUCGCGACGGCAACCACGCCGCAGUUUCGCCUGUGGUGGAUGGCGGCGUCGGACCGGGAGGAGAUGUGCGCCCUGCUGGCCACCGAGGCGUCCCAGGUGGACCCCGGCAACAUCCCCGAGGCCAACACCAGCCGCAACGUGUCCACCAUCGAGUCCGAGGACGACUUCUUCAGCUACGGCUCGGCCAAGCCCACGGUUCAGAUCCAGCAGCGGGGGGUGACGGAGGAGAUCCGCAAGUACAUCGAAGGGACGGGGAAGAGCCUGGAGUGCCUGCAGGACUUCCCCAGGGUGAAGCAGCUUUUCUUAAAGUACAACACCACGCUGCCGUCCACGGCCCCCGUGCAGCGCCUCUUCAGCCAGAAGGGCAACCUGGUGACCUCGCAGAGGAACUUCCUGACCGACGACUACUUUGAACGCAUUCAGCUCCUGAGAUACAACAGCCCGGUGUGCGCGGCGCCGGCCGAGUGAACGCGCAAAAUGUGCCCUCGCGAUCGAUCGGUGUUAACGACUGAAGAGAAAAGGAUUUUAUUUAUAGACAAUUUAGCCCGUUAAUAUUCUUCCUUUAUCUUGGUUGAUAGGCAUAUGAUCUCAUGUUCCGCCCGACCGCUGAAUGGCUUGAUGACGAUUCAUGAAUUGACAAUCGUGGACAAUGAGAUUUGAGAACCGCCUACGGCAACGGACGCCUCGUUCUAUCGGAGAAACCACCGGGCUUAACUGAAGGGAUUUUGGUCUGUCAGUUCUGUUUUUUUUUUUUUCUACAGAUGCUGAAUGAGAAUGCAUCUCCUGUCUGUAUGUUUUAUAUCAUAUAUAAAGAGACAAGAAAACAGCCUUUUUGGGGCGGGGGGGGGGGGGGGUGUUCUGUGUCUGCGUCUUGCUUUUUUUUUUUUAAACAAAUGUGUUUUGUUUUGGAUUUGAAGUGAAUCAACACACACUGACCACCGUUUUUGAAGAAGUGUGUGUGUGUGUGUGUGUG